AACAUUUUUUUUAUGACAGACUCCUAUUAGUCUGCAAAGUGCAAACCCUUACAUUUUCAGUCAAAAGCUUUGUGUAUCUUUGCACUCAACAAUGGCGGCUACACACCUUGUCUCUCACUCUCCAUCAUUACCCAAAUCCCUAAAAUACCCUUCAAAUCCAUCACUAAAGCUCUCAUCUUUCAAACCCAAUUUCCCAUUAAAGCACAUUUCAAGAAACUUAAGUAUAAAGGCAGCUAUAUCAACAUCUGAGCCAAAAACUCAAAAGUUUCAGCACUGUUUCAAGAAAUCUGAAGAUGGGUUUUUGUAUUGUGAGGAUGUUAAGGUUGAAGAUGUUAUGGAAACUGUGGAAAGAAGACCCUUUUAUUUAUAUAGUAAACCCCAAAUUACUAGGAAUGUUGAAGCUUAUAAGGCUGCUUUAGAGGGUUUGAAUUCAAUUAUUGGUUAUGCUAUUAAGGCUAACAAUAAUCUCAAGAUUUUGGAACAUUUGAGAGGGCUUGGUUGUGGAGCUGUUCUUGUUAGUGGGAAUGAACUUAAGUUGGCACUUCAUGCUGGAUUUGAUCCUACAAAGUGUAUUUUUAAUGGGAAUGGAAAGCUGUUAGAGGACCUAGUGCUAGCUGCCCAAGAAGGUGUGUUUAUAAACAUCGACAGUGAAUUUGACUUGGAUAACAUUGUAGCAGCUGCAAGGAUUGCUGGGAAGAAAGUUAAUGUGCUACUCAGGAUUAACCCAGAUGUGGAUCCCCAGGUUCAUGCUUAUGUUGCCACCGGAAAUAAGAACUCCAAAUUUGGCAUCAGAAAUGAGAAGCUUCAAUGGUUUCUAGAUGCUGUCAAGGCACACCCUCAGGAAUUGAAACUUGUUGGAGCUCAUUGUCAUCUUGGGUCAACUAUCACCAAGGUAGACAUUUUUCGAGAUGCGGCUGUCUUGAUGGUGAACUACAUUGACGAAAUUCGAUCCCAAGGAUUUGAAAUUGAUUACUUGAAUAUUGGAGGUGGUUUAGGGAUCGAUUACUAUCAUUCUGGAGCUGUCCUUCCUUCACCUAGAGAUCUUAUUAAUACGGUGCGAGAAUUGGUCCUUGCUCGAAACCUCAAUCUCAUUAUUGAGCCUGGAAGAUCACUAAUUGCAAACACAUGCUGCUUGGUUAACAGAGUUACUGGAGUUAAAACCAAUGGAACCAAAAACUUCAUCGUGAUUGAUGGUAGUAUGGCAGAGCUUAUACGUCCAAGUCUUUAUGAUACUUAUCAGCACAUAGAGCUUGUUUCUCCUACACCCGCGGAAGCUACGGUUUCUAAAUUUGACAUUGUUGGUCCUGUAUGUGAGUCGGCAGAUUUCCUGGGAAAGGACCGUGAACUUCCUGCCCCUUCUAGGGGCACUGGUUUGGUAGUUCACGAUGCAGGGGCAUACUGCAUGAGUAUGGCAUCAACCUACAAUCUCAAGAUGCGCCCACCUGAGUAUUGGGUGGAAGAAGAUGGAUCAGUGUCCAAAAUCCGGCAUGGGGAGACAUUCGAAGACCAUUUGAGAUUCUUUGAUGGUCUGUAAAACUAUGGUUUCCUUUAAGCACUUAAAACAUGGCAGGAUGUGAAACUUAGAAGUUCCCUUGGUAGUUUGCUUCAUGUCAAUGUUGACAUUCUGUAUUUGGAUUGUUCUAAUUAAUGGAUUUUCAUUACCAUAACA